AAAAAGUGGGAAGGUGGUGAGCAGAAGAGGGAAGGGAAGUAAAAACGGAGCUCCAUAAGACUUGGUUAGUUUUGUCUGAGCAGAGCUCAGUCUUCUGCUUCUCCAGCUUUCCACUGAAGAGUCGGACCGAAUCUCUGAGAGGCCACAAACAGAUUUUCUGACCCUGCGAACCCCAAAGUCAUCUGAGAAUCUCCAACAGCUUUCUCUUCACCGACUGAGACAGAUGUUGACAUCUGGAGCCACUGUCACACCUGCCUUCUUGAAUACCUUUUGAAGGAAGGGGAAGUUCCAAACCAGGCACAACUGAUCCAUGAACCAGCUCUGAGUGUAUAUCAAGUUUUGGAAAUACAGCUUGUUCCAAAACUUUCUUUUUAGUUCUUUUUUCCUUAAACGUGGUCUCAGGAAUUGGUUCAGGCUUCCCACUGAGCCACAGGAUGACGUGUGCGGUAACAGCAGCAGAUUCUGCAAAGUGCUUUGGGAGCAAAGUGGCUCCCAGACCGGGACAUAAAAACACAGCCUUCCAUGGCCGGCUCGCCCUGCUGCUGACCGUCUGCGCUUUGGUGCUGGUCAGUCCUGUUUGCGGCCAAACGAACGGAACGUCUCAGCCUGAUUUUCACCCGUCAGGACUGAGGACACCUGAGCCGCCUUCCCGGCUGCGGCUGAGCCACCACAUCCACACCUCUAACGGAGGGAAGCAUCCCUCCCAAGAGACUGCUCAGAAGCCCCCGGUCCAGAUGGAGCCCGAGCCAGGGAGGCUGAAGCAGUUGGACCAGCUGAAACACAAACACGAACCGAAGCCCGCGUCUCCCUCCAACUCAUCGCUGGUGUUUCAGAGGAACGCAGUCCUGCCCCCCGCCUGCCUGCAGACCACGUCCAUAAAAAAAGCCUUCAAGUACAUCAACACGGUGCUGUCCUGCCUGAUCUUUGCCGUAGGCGUCAUUGGCAACGCCACCCUGCUGAGGAUUAUCUACCAGAACAAGACCAUGAGGAACGGGCCCAACGCUCUGAUCGCCAGCCUCGCCCUCGGAGACCUCAUUUACAUAGCAGUGGACAUACCAAUCAAUGUCUACAAGCUCUUGGCGAUGAGUUGGCCCUUUGCCGACAGCGUGUUCGGCCUGUUCCUCUGCAAGCUGUUCCCCUUCCUGCAGAAAGCGUCGGUCGGCAUCACCGCCCUCAACCUGUGUGCCCUGAGCGUGGACAGGUACCGUGCAGUGGCAUCUUGGUCACGGGUGCAGGGCACUGGUGUUCCCACGAUAACAGCCGUGGAGAUAGUGGUGAUCUGGCUUCUCUCCAUCACUCUGGCCGUGCCAGAGGCCAUCGGCUUCAACAUGGUCACCUUCGACUACAAAAAUGUCAGCAUGACGACCUGCAUGCUGCAGCCCGAGACGCCCUUCAUGACUUUUUACCGGGAUGCGAAGGAUUGGUGGUUGUUUGGGUUCUACUUCUGCGUCCCUCUGGCCUGCUCAGCUGUUUUCUACGGCCUCAUGACCUGCGAAAUGCUCAGGCACCAGAAAGGAAGUCUGAAGUUCUCUCUGAGUGAACACCUGAAACAGCGGCGGGAAGUGGCCAAAGCCGUUUUCUGCCUGGUGUUGAUCUUUGCUCUCUGCUGGUUCCCUCUUCACCUGAGUCGUCUGCUGAAAAGGACCAUCUACGAAUCUCACGACGCCCACCGCUGCGAGCUCCUAAACUUUCUCCUGGUGCUGGACUACUUCAGCAUUAACAUGGCGACCAUCAACUCCUGCAUCAACCCCAUCAUCCUCUUCUUUGUCUCCAAGAAGUUCAAAAGCUGCUUCAAGUCUUGCCUGUGCUGCUGGUGGUACUCCGGCUCGCUCUCCAACAGCAUGCUGCCUCUGCACCACGGCACGAGCCUGCAGGGGAAGGAGGGGGAGACCCGCGGACAGCAGGCUCUCUGCGGGGCCGAAUCGCGCAGAUUUGGAGCGAUUUAUCGAUCGGCCGCUGAUCGGGAACGAUUGACGGGUGUCGACGGGGGAGAGCUGAGCGUCAGUUUGCGGCGUGCGGUGUCGCGCGGAGGAGAGAUGCGUUGCCUGCGGUCAACAAAUCUGUUAGUGAUGCGGCCGUAGUCCCUGCUUAGGGUGAAGCAGCCAUCAUGCCGUGUACUUGUGCUGAAUGGAGGAGGUGGAUUCGCCCGCUGGUUCUGGUGCUCUAUGCCCUUCUCCUGGUGGCCGUGCUGCCGCUCUGCAUCUGGGAGCUGCAGAAAGACAAGGUCGGGACUCACAGCAAAGCCUGGUUCAUAGCGGGCGUGUUCGUGUUCCUCACCAUCCCAAUCUCUCUGUGGGGAAUUCUGCAGCACAUGGUGCACUACACCCAGCCUGAGCUGCAGAAACCCAUCAUCAGGAUACUAUGGAUGGUGCCCAUCUACAGUUUGGACAGCUGGCUGGCGCUGCGAUACCCCAGCCUGGCCAUCUACGUGGACACGUGCCGGGAGUGCUACGAGGCCUACGUCAUCUACAACUUCCUGGUGUUCCUGCUGAACUUCCUCAGUAACCAGUACCCCAGCCUGGUGCUCAUGCUGGAGGUGCAGCAGCAGCAACCUCACCUGCCGCCGCUCUGCUGCUGCCCGCCCUGGCCCAUGGGAGAGGUGCUGCUGUUCAGGUGCAAGCUGGGAGUCCUUCAGUACACCGUGGUGAGACCUGUUACCACGGUGAUUGCCCUCAUCUGCCAGCUCUGCGGGGUUUACGACGAGGCCAACUUCAGCUUCAGAAACGCCUGGUCCUACCUGGUGAUCGUCAACAACAUUUCCCAGCUGUUUGCCAUGUACUGUCUGGUGUUGCUCUACCGAGCUCUCAGGGAUGAGCUGACUCCCAUCAGGCCAGUGGGCAAGUUCCUAUGUGUCAAGCUGGUCGUGUUUGUCUCCUUCUGGCAGGCUGUUUUGAUAGCAUUUCUGGUGAAAGUGGGUGUGAUUUCUGACAAACACACCUGGGAUUGGGACAGUGUUGAGGCAGUGGCUACUGGACUGCAGGACUUUAUCAUCUGCAUAGAGAUGUUCCUGGCUGCGAUUGCUCACCACUACACCUUCACCUACAAGCCAUACGUACAGGAAGCCGAGGAGGGCUCCUGCUUUGACAGCUUUUUGGCCAUGUGGGAUUUCUCUGACAUCAGAGCUGAUGUCACUGAGCAAGUCCGUCAUGCCGGCCGUACUUUCUUGGGUCGACCCAACAAGAUGUACUUCGGUGCAGCAGCUCGUCCCGAACACACCGAACACACCGAGCACACCGGCCUUCUCAAUGCCACCUCGCAGGAUCCGGUCGCCGUGGCAGCCACGUCAAUGCCUUCCUCCCCUUCGUCCAUUGGGCGGUACCAAGGCCUCGGCCACACCCCCGCCCCUCAUUCCAUCUCUGCCCCAGCAGGCUUCACAUCUUCAUCCUGGGAGGAUGACAGUGAUGGCUCGCCACCGCAGCCCGGAGGUGGCCAGUAACUGAGGAGAGAAAACAUAGCAGAGAGAGAAAAAAACUCUCAGAUCCUGUAACAAAGUCACAGUGAAAGCACAAAAUGUGAACUCUCACACAUCUUCCCAACACGGUCAUGAAAAAAAAAAAAAGGCCAGGAUGAAGCAGGGUAAUAGCCAUGUCUGUUGAGAAACUAUGGUGUUAAGAUAAAUGCCCAGAUAUUAAUGUUUGAAAUCUGUAUUUUGCUGUCAGAUUGUGUAGUUUUGAUAAAUGUACCUGCU